UGGAGGAGGUUUCAAGUGGCUGGGUUCAUUUUCUCAUUUGAAAGAAUAUGAGGCAACCUUAGAGAGAGAACCUGAAUCUUAGAGAGAGCGUUGCUUUCUUCCAUCCACCCAUUUUCGUGUCUCUUCCCAGAAGCUUCGUCGUCCAUUGUCCGCUAGAGUGCCGCCUGAGGAAGUAUUGUCUGUUUCGGUGACCAGCGCCAUUCGAAGCUUUGAUUGCAACGACCAUUGAAAAAACUGCAUUUUCGUCAUUCCGUAGUCGUUUGAGCGUUCGUGGUUCUUCCUCCCACCCAACCAUUUUCGUGCGUCUUCCCUAGAGCGUCGUGGUACAUUCUCCAUCGGAAUGCCGCCAUGGACGUCUACCCACCCACCCAUUUUCCUUCCUCCCACCCACCGAUAAGCGUUCGUGUUCAUUCAAGUGUGGUCGGACUGUCGUAGUUGAAGGCAAUGUUGUAGGUGCCACCUUUAGGCGUUUUGGAACCAACGUACUUGAAUACCGCCAUUGGAGGUGCUUUCUGAUAGUUGCCUUUGUUGUUUUCGUUUGACAGUGAUGGAUUGCACAAAAGAAGAAGAUCAUAACAAUUUUUGAUUGUGGGCGUGGUGCAACACAAAAGCCAUAGUCGACAUUAAUAGUAUACUAAGACAAAUUGAUCGGACACGUAUCGGGGAGACUCCAUUCAAAUGGUGUCUUUAUAUGAACAAGCUGAUUUAGUUAUGCACUCCUUUGUUGAAGGAAAUGGUGACCUAUUGGGUUGGGUGCAAUGAAUGCUUUGUUUUGAAGCAAAAAAUGGUACCUUUUACAGUUGUCGAUGUUUGCAUGGGUCUAGGGUUGAGUGUAGGUGGUUUAGAGAAAAUCCCAAUGUGAAGGGAGUGCAAAUUCGUGAAAAGAUAAAUAGGAAGUGGAAUGUUGGGGUAUCGAGAUGCAUGGCUUAUAGAGCAAAGGCCAUUGCUUCAGAGCAAGUUGACGGGUCUUUCAAAGACCAAUUUAAAAGGAUUUACGAUUAUGCUAAUGAGUUGUUAACUCGUAAUCCAGGAUCAACAGUAAAGGUAAAGGUUGAAGAUGGUGGCAGUGGACCAAUAUUUAAAAGAUUUUAUUGUUGUCUAAAGGCCUGCAAGGAUAGUUUUGUGUCCUGCAGGCUAAUUAUUGGACUUGAUGGUGCGUUUUUGAAAGGAAGAUAUGGUGGUAAAUUAUUAACUGCUGUUGGUAGAGAUGCAAAUUAUCAAAUGUUAACUCUAGCUUAUGCCGUGGUGGAGGUAGAAAACAAGGAUACGUGGAAAUGGUUUCUUGAACUUGUUGUUGAAGAUCUUGGUGGGGAGGAAGUGAGUUCAUCAUUUACAUUGAUGUUGGAUCAGCAAAAGGGACUACUGCAAGCUAUACAAGAAGUGGUGCCUCGAGUUGAUCAANGUUUCUGUGUUAGGCACCUAUACGCUAAUUUUAGAAAGAANUUCCCUGGAAAACAACUUAAGCNUUUGAUGUGGAAGGCAGCAUCAACAACUCAACCACAAGCAUGGGAAUCAGAAAUGAGAAAUAUUAAACAAAUAAAUGAUGAAGCCUAUAAAUACUUGAUGAAAAUUCCUCCCAGACAUUGGUCACGUUCAAGAUUUAGCACCAUACCUCGAUGUGAUACGUUGGUCAACAACAUGUCUGAGGCUUUCAAUAGUGUUUUACUGCAUACAAGGACAAAACCAAUCAUAAGCAUGUUGGAGGACAUUCGCAUAUACUUGAUGCAGAGAUGGGCAACUAACAGGAGUAAAAUACAAUCAUUUUCUGGGGACAUUUGUCCUAAAAUCAAAACUAGGCUAAACAAGGAGUCUCAGUUAACUAAACACUGGAUUCCAUGCUGGUCAGGACAAAAGCUUUUUGAAGUGCGCCAUGUCUCCCAAGCUGGUGACAAGUUUGUUGUCAAUUUAGAUGAACAUUCGUGUACAUGCAGGAAGUGGGCUAUCAGUGGUGUACCAUGUUGCCACUCUUUGAGUGCUAUUAAAUUCCUAAAUCUACAACCAGAGGAAUUCAUACCAUGCUGCUUUAGGAAGACAACAUAUGAAGAAACUUACAAUCCAAUUGUGUAUCCAAUUAAUGGUCAGAACAUGUGGGAGAUUACCCCAUAUGUUGAUGUGUUGCCUCCAUAAAAAAGAAUAAUGCCUGGGAGACCAAAGAAGAAGAGAAGGUUGGAGCAAUGGGAGUUGGUGAAGGACGAUAACAGAAUGACAAAGGGUGGUAUAAAGAAAAGAUGUGGAAUAUGCAAGCAACUGGGCCACAACAGAACUUCUUGCACCCAGUCAACUGAACCAAUGAUGCCGUCAACAAAUGAAGAUGAAGCUGCCUUAUAAGUCAUGUCUAAUGUUUUUUUUAAGUAGAGUCUUAUUAGUGGAAACUCUUAUGAAGUAGAGUCUUAUUAAGUGCAAAUUGUAUUUUGUUAGUGGAAACUCUUAUGAAGUGCUUAACUUCCUUUUGGACAGAUGUAUUUUGU